CGUUACUACUUUUUGGAAGACGUGAUUGGAAUCCUAAUUUUAUAUAGCUCGUCCCCAAGAUAAGACACAAUGGCGUACAGACAACUAUUCAAUGUUGCCCUUCAAAACUCGAGAAGAUCUUUCGCCUCAUCUGCUGGGCACUCCGCUCAUGGAGAAUCUUCUAAAACUUGGAGGAAUGCCUUCUACAUUGUUGGAUUACCUGUGGUAGGACUAGUUUACUACAAUGCUUUCUAUUUGAUGCCUCAACAUCCUGAAAGACCAGAAUUUGUACCAUAUCCCCACUUGAGAAUCAGAAACAGGCCUUACCCAUGGGGAGACGGUGACCAUACCUUGUUUCACAACAAGUAUUACAAUGCUACAUCUAAAGGUUAUGAUGAGGGAUCAGAAGACCUUAACCCUGCAAAACACCACCAUUAGAUGGGGAGAUUCCCAACAUACUCUAGUGUGUUAAUGAAAUAAUUAGAAUGCAAUUUGAUGUGCAUAGCAGAUGAAGCACUUAUUGUAUCAAUUGUUGCAUAUAAUGAUUAAACAAUUUCCUUUUUUUUAAA